UGGGAGAACGCUGUUGGUGCCGCGCGCGACUACCCCACGUUCGAGACACUCGAGGAGUUUUUGACGACCAAGAUACGGGCGCUCGAGCGGAUCGAGGCUACGACCGCUCAUCCUGGUCCCAGCUCAGCACCCUCACCACCAAAGAGGGCUCACCAGACAACUCAGCAGAGCGACUCAUCGUACCCGUGCGACUGUUGCAAUGCGCAGCACUUUAUUGUGAUGUGCAGUAAGUUUCGGGAACUGUCACCGUCAGCCAGGCACAAGGUGGCAAUCAACAAGCGCUUGUGCUUCAACUGCCUGGGGAGGCACAGUGUGCGUGCAUGCAAGUCGCAGCGAGGAUGCAAGACCUGCUCAGGGCGGCACCAUACAAUGCUGCACGGCACACACCCAAUAGCAGCACCAGCUCAGAAGACCGCCUUGGCAUUGGUCAACUCAUCUACAACGCAGCACCCAGCGCGUCUGCUCAUUGACGCAGGAUCCGAACUCACCUUCGUCACGGAGAAUCUCAUUCGGCAGCUCAACAUCCCUCGUCAAUACUCAGGUAUUGUCAUCACUGGAAUUGCAGGCAAGGAGUGUACUCGGACACGAGGAGUCGUGUCACUCACGUUACGCUCGACACAUUCCAACGCAGCUGCCACAAUUCAAGCUCAUGUCCUCCGGACAGUUACAUCAAUCUUACCAUCGUUCGAGGCGGAACCGGAAGAAUGGCCGCAUCUCAAGAACUUGGCAUUAGCCGAUCCUGAUUUUCUCAUCCCGCGGCCAGUUGACAUCCUCAUCGGCGCAGAUGCUUAUGGGCAUAUCAUCAAGCCCAAUAUCAUUCGGCAUUCUCCACUCAUGCCGAUAGCGCAACUCUCCAUUUUCGGAUGGCUCGUUCUUGGACCUGUCAAUAGGGAAGCAACACGCACAUCAACGCACCAUGCUUCUACUCAAGUCAACGAGGAUGCUCUCAACGAGUUACUGACAAAAUUCUGGGUUCAAGAGGAGGUGCCUACUCACGAUGUCAACCAACUCACUCCUGACGAGCAGAGGUGCGAAGAGCACUUCAAGGCCACACACUCUCGUGAUUCUUCAGGGAG